AUGAGUGCUCCUGAGAUUGGUCAAGGUCAAGCUCAAGCUCAGGCAUCGGACAGCCUGAGCGAGAGACAGACAAACGAGUCGGCUCCCAUCGACCUCGACCUUUGGAGCACGACCCAGGUCCUGAAACCCUCCUCAACGCCGACCAUCUCCAGAUUCUACCCUGAAAAUCGACAGCCUCCUCCCCUCCAAACCUCGCCGGCCUCCCUCGCCGCAAGAAAUCCUCCCUCCGAUCCCCAAUCACAGCUCAAUCUCUCCCCGCGAGUACCCUCCGGCAACAGAGGAGGCCUGACCACCGAAUCCAAGGCCCACCAUAGGCAGACGAGCAUCGUCCAUGGCAUACAGCAUUCGAGGAAUGGGAGCUUCGCAAGCGCGUCCAGUCCGCUGAGCCCGCAGAUGAUCAUUGCCGCCGGGACUGAUGCAUCCAUCAUGGGCGACACAUCUUUCAGUACCAGCUUGGCUGGCAUGGCCGGUGGCUCGUCCUUCAGCUCCUCGACCUCGACCAUAGUGCCUGAGCGAGCAGCAUCCGCGAUGGAAAAUGGAAACUACCAUUCUACACAGAGGAGGGUGGAACGCAUGCAUAGCGGCCGGAGUAGCAAGAGUAGCAGGGAACAUCGGCAUCACCAUUCAGGCUCACGGCACCACCACAAAGAGGAACUCAAGACAGUUGGCGAAUAUGCUUUACAUGUGCUGUUUACAUCAUUCAUUGCCCAAGCCGAAGAGAAAAUCAGUCAAUGCAUCACUAUCCCCUUAGACCCUGAACCUCAGAUAGAACAAAUAUGCGGACCUGGUGUAGACCCGACAUUCGAUCAGUUAAUUUCGGCUCUGGGCCACAUUUCAAGCCAAAAACCUAAACCUUUGAUUGAUUCCAUGAUGCUGUGGCGUAAGACCAAGAGUGAUGCCGCCAGUGAAGCUCGGGUCCAGUUACAGCAGUUAAUAAGGAACUACGUACAGCCAGGUCAUAUAGCCCGGCGGAACACAGAACCAUCCAACAAUUUACUAGAUGAGGUACCCGCACCCAAUCAACCUACCAUUGCCGCCCGUCAAGAAUUCGUUGCCCAGGCCGAACGUCGUUCCACAGCCUCCAUCUAUAUACUAUGUCGAGUCCUGAUGGAAGUGAUUGGCCAAAGUACAUUGACUUGUAUCACCCCAGAAAUGGAAGAGAAAUUGGAAGGCAUCAUCUUUGGACAACUCAAGAUUGCGGAUGUCGAUCAACUCAACAGCUCACCCUUAAAGAUGGCCAACUGGUAUCUUUUCAGUCAGCUUUUGGGUGUCAUGAGCGAGAUCAACUUCGACAGCGUUGCAGACAGGUUCAUUGCGGAUCUAGAAAAGUCACAGAGGGACAUGAUUGGGAAAGGCCCAGCAAAUCGAGAGGUAGAGGGAAGAAUGGAGCUGGUGCUUGGCGGCAUGAAGCAUCUCCGUAUCAAAGUGUAUCCAGAAGAUGCUUGGGAUCAGUCUUGCGAUUUCAUGAUCUCUCUGGGGCGUUUUUUUGCUCGCUCCUCCGGUCAGCGACUGAAAUAUGCCUAUUGUCAGGCCCUCGAAAUACUUCUACUGCCGAUAGCCGCUAAAGCCAACACAGAGCUGAAUAUGCCUAAAUGGUCCGAAGUCCUCGGGACGAUAGCGCCUCGCCUGGCAUCCAUGUUUGUCAAGCCGAGACAUUGGGGCAUUUCUUUUCCGCUGACAGCCACACUGCUCUGUGUCUCUCCCGUUGAAGUUUUCUCGGCGCAUUGGUUGCAGCUAAUCCUCCCGUUGCAACCAAAAAUGAAAGAUCGCUCUUGCAGACCCGUGUGUUUGCAAGUUAUCUCAAGAUUACUCUGGACGUAUCUUUACCGCACGUCGGAUUCUCUCAACGCUACCAUCAAAAAGCUGGAAGAGGUUGUCAAACUUGUGAUCCCGCCGGGGAAGAGAACAUACUUAACCACCGACCCAGCAAUUGCCGAGCCCUUAAUCCAGAUCAUACGUAUAAUUGGCUUUAAGCACCAAGAUUUCUGUCUCCGGACCAUAGUCUUCCCUCUGAUCAACGCGGAUCUUUUUGCAUCAGGCCGGGAGCUGAAGGUUGAACAAUUAGAGCCUGAAAAAAUGGUCAUCGGUAUCAGAGCGUUUCUUACUAUCAUGGCUGAUUUGGAAAAGGGAGAGCAAGGACGGCCACCAUUCCCCCAGCAAUACCAAACUUUGCCAGCUUGGGACAGGGCUCCAACAUCGCCGAUCUUGAAUACUCCCCGAAGUCCUUCCCCACCCCCUACCGGUGUUCGAAGCUCGGAAGACCGAUUGUCACGUCCAGUUUUGACAACUGCCCUUAGUGAGGUUGCCAAGGAAUACUACUCGAAGUUCUGUGAGAUCUUGGGCAAGAUCACGAUCAUCUGUGAUAACACUUUUGGAGGCCAGGCUGUCUUGGAUGAGAAGUUCAACAGUCCGACGCCAAAAACGCCCCUAGCCGAGAGCUUCAACUUUGCUCGUCGCGACGACCACCAAAGCCCUUCCGACCAAAAGCAAGGGUACUACGAACUGCUCCAUGUUGCUGUACAAGCUCUUCCGCGCUGUCUUUCCUCUCAUAUCCCCUUCAACUCCUUAGUCAACCUGCUCUGCACAGGGACGGCACAUGUACAAUACAACAUCGCAGAAUCCUCCGCCCAGUCACUGAAGUCAAUUGCGCGGCAAUCUCAUGCUCAGCAGGUAACAAUCGGCUUUGCUCGCUUCAUUUUCAAUUUUGAUGACAGAUACUCGACCAUGUCUGAUGGCGGUAUGCUUGGACCCGGCCACAUUGAGAGCACGCUCAAGCUAUACGUCGAGCUCCUGCAUAUUUGGAUCGAUGAGAUAAAGCAAAAGAUCCAAGAUGUCUCUACUGAUGUAUCUGAAGAUGGAAGCGCAGACAAGCGUGGUGUGCAAUUAGAUCUUUCGGGUAUCUGGGCUCACGUCGAUGAGGUGGAAUCCCAUGGCUUGUUCUUUCUAUGCUCUCAAUCAAGGAUGGUGCGGACCUUUGCCGUCACUGUUCUUCGGCUGAUCACCGAGUUCGAUACAGCUCUUGGCAAAGACAAUGGUCGCCUCAUCCACAUUCUAGAGGCUGACUCGCUGCGUGUCAUGGACUUUAACGAUGAGCACCUGUCUGUUGCAGAGCGCAGUAGACUGCAGCGAGGGAUGCGAAAGAGCAAUUCACAAAGUGCUCUCAUCGACUUGUGCAGUAGUGAAGUCUCUUACGACGCGACUCUGUGGUUCAAGAUUUUUCCAAACUUGAUCCGGAUCAGCUAUGACCGCUGUCCCUUUGCAGUCACACUUGCCCGGGAACUGAUUUGCAACCGAAUCCUGCAGAUGUACAGAGGCAUUGUGGCGUUGUCCGAAGUGACGAGAGGGCCGCAGUACGGCUCCUUCGAUCGAUUUGAGACUGGCAGCGGUCGCCUUCUGUCAAGGUCCUCUACCACACCUCCAGAAGUUCUAAUUGAGCAGUGGAAAAUGUACCUAAUUGUUGCGUGUACAACGCUCUCGGACAAAGGUGGCCAGCAGCAGUCAUCGUCCCAAGCGGAUGCCCACCUACGAAAAGCAUCGAAACAAAGUCAAGCUCAAGAAAAAAUCACCUCCGCUCGAUCACUGUUCAAGUACAUCAUUCCUCUCCUUCCGGUCAAUCCGGCAUCGAUACGAGAUGCCGUCGUCGUGGCUCUUGGAUCCAUUAAUGUUAAUAUCUACAAAACUCUUCUCGAAGAGUUACAAAGUGCUGUCAGUCGAUGUAAUGAUGAAGCGAGAGCUCGCAUCCAUCAGCGCAGCGUGAGCAGCCCGAGGAGGAAUAGAAGAACGGACUUGUUGCGGACUGAGGUCACCCACGUCUACAGGCUUACAUCGCAUUUUUUGAAGGAACCCGAGAUCCAUUCAGAUGAUUGGAUUUUGAACAACCUCGUCGCCUACACCAAAGACCUCAAAUUGUUUCUCAUGGACGGCGAAGUCCAGAUGGACUGGGAAUUUCAGAAGCUCCGUCGGCACUAUUGUGGCCUAAUGGAAGAAUUGUUUGAGGGCAUCAAUUUGACAAAAGAUCCUUCACGAUGGAUGACUUUUGAAUCAAGAAAGUCGUCGUUUGCCCUGAUGGAAGACUGGUGCGGCUACUCGCCUAAUCAGCCCCAAAUCCGUCAACGAGAAGAUAGCAUGAGGCAGUCGAUGAUUGACCAACAAUCACUAGGUGAGCGGGGUACAGUAACUGCUGCAAUGGAAAUCGAGAAACGGAAUCUCCGCACCGCCGCGCUUAGUGCAAUGGCUGCUUUGUGCGGAGGGCCAGUCAGCAUCACCACCGAGAGCCGAGCAAAUCUUCAAUUCGAUAUACGACGCAUGUUGUCCUGGAUCGACACCAUCUUCAGUUCGGGAAGCGACCGAGUGCACGUGAUUGGAAGAAGAGCACUCACGAACUUGAUCGUGCAUAACAAGGACUUCCCAUACUUGCUCGAGCACUCCAUCUCCCGAUGCUACCUUGCAGAGCAUACGAAGGUGCUUGGGAGCUACUUUGAUGUAGUGAGCCAAGUCGUACUAAAUCAUCCAGACUACCUCAUGCCAUUCUGGAAGCUACUGAGCUGCGGGCUCUUCACUCUCGGCAGCGAGCAAAGCGAAAUGCGAUCCCAGGCCGCCCACAUGCUGCGGGUACUCGAGGAGAGGCAGUCGAAGAGCUCCAAGAUCCAGGACUACGAUAUCAGCAUAUCUGACAAGACGAAAGCUGUGUACAAGCUCGCACAGUUUGAAAUAUCGAAACGCCUAUCGAAACAACAUACCGAGCUCGCCUUCAUCAUAUUCUCCGAGUUGACGGCCUACUUCAAUCAAUUGCCACCAGGUUCGCAACGAAACAUGGUGGCUGCCAUAUUACCAUGGAUCCAGAUCAUUGAAUUGCAGAUUGAUCCGAAUGGAGGACCGACGGCUCAGUCAUACAUGCUACUAACAAACCUUUUCGAGAUCACGGUCAAAUCAAGCAGUCCGCUACAUAAUGAAGUCCAGGCUCUGUGGCAAGCUCUUGCGACUGGGCCUCAUGCUGGCAACGUCCAGCUCGUGCUAGACUUCAUCAUGUCGCUUUGCCUCGACCGACGUGAGCAGAACUUCGUUGAAUUUGCGAAGCAAAUUGUCGUUUUCUUGUCUAGUACGCCUGCCGGUGUUAAGGUGGUGGAGUUUCUUCUGAUGCAGAUCACACCCAAGGCUAUGAUACCGAAUGAGAAGCGCGAACUCAGUCCGCCACCUCCAGAUAUUGGCAAAUUGCCGUACAUCGCCGAGUUGUCAGAAGCUCUACCGAUUGGAGCAAAACAAGCUGGGUUCUCACUUGGCCAACUUUCUCUGAUCCUGCUGGUAGAUCUGAUGGUUUCUCCCGUUCAGCUUGUUGCGGAAAAUGUCCCUUUGCUCCUUCAAGUCGUCACUGUACUAUGGGACCAUUAUAUUCCGCUGGUACAAGAACAAGCUCGCGAAAUGCUAAUCCAUCUGAUUCAUGAGUUGGUCAUAUCUCGAAUCAACGACGCAAUCACCACGCCAUCAAAGAAAUCCAUAGAGGACUUCAUCGAGUCCAUCCGGCGUCAUGAUCCUAAGGUUGUCUGGAUGUACGAAGACAACAACGGAAAAGUCGACGAUCAAGAUAACAAGGUUCCUUCUGGAAUGGAGCUUCUCACGACAGAAGUCGUCAAAUAUUUUGAAGUCACAUAUCCUGGGAUUCAGGAACAAUGGGGGAAAUUGUCCUUGACUUGGGCAACCUCCUGUCCCGUGAGACAUUUGGCCUGUCGAUCAUUUCAAAUCUUCCGAUGCAUUCUCACCUCAUUGGAUCAGCCUAUGCUUGCAGACAUGCUUGCGCGACUUUCGAACACGAUCGCGGAUGAGGAUUCUGACGUCCAGACAUUCUCGAUGGAGAUCCUGACCACACUAAAAACUUUGAUCUGCAAAUUGGAGACUGGAGAUCUCAUGACAUUCCCGCAACUGUUCUGGACUACCUGCGCUUGCUUGGAUACCAUCAACGAAAGGGAAUUCUUGGAGGCCCUCAACAUGUUAGAAGAGCUUGUCGUCAAGCUUGACUUAAGCGACUCGAAUGUUCGACAACUUCUCGCUGAAGGGCGUCCUCUCAGAUGGGAAGGUGCUUUCGAGGGUCUGCAGCAAUUAGUGCACAAAGGCCUUCGGUCAUCUGUGUGUCUUGACUUAACACUGAAGACAUUGAACAAGCUCGUUCAGCUGCCUAAUGACGACUUGAUCGGUGACGAUAGCCGGUUGCUAUUUGCUGUACUGGCCAACUUUCCAAGGCUCCUUCAUGCCAUGGAUCAGGCUACGAUUGACACCGAGAUUGCCAAGAGUGCUGGGAUACUAGCAGAGGUUGCUGAAGCCCAGGGUUGCAAAACGAUAUCGAGAGCUCUAACUGGGUUUGCGGCUGGCAGAUAUCGCUCAAGCAAAGAUUUUCUGGCUCAGCUCGUCUCAGCUAUCCGCGAAUCUUUCUUUCCUCGAUGGGACUUUGGCAGCCUUACGUUCUUGAUGGGGUUUCUCACGAACAGCAUCCCGUGGUUCAAGUUGAAGACUAUGCGUAUCCUGUGCGUCAUGAUCCCAGAUAUCGACAUGAAGAAGCCCGAGAUCGCUUCUCGUGGUCCGGAUUUGAUCUCGCCCCUGCUGAGAUUGCUCCAGACUGAGUUUUGCAUGGAAGCUCUUGCGGUGUUGGACAACAUCAUGACAAUGACAGGCACCUCCAUGGACAAACACCACUUGCGGAUGAGCAUGACCCGAUCAUCCUCGAAAGCAAUACGAAAGGAGUACGAGCGCACCCAAAGCCUCUUUGGUAUCCCCGAAGAAUCCGGCUGGUCCAUUCCCAUGCCCGCCAAGCACGCUGAAACGACGCGCCUCAACGUUCACGCCGUCUUCUACAUGUGCCAAAACGCAGAGAAUAUCGACCCCGAGACAGCACCCACGCCGGACGUCGAAUUCCACGUCGACGACUUCCAGUACAAUUACUUCCCGAACCCCGAGCGUACCGAGACCAUGCUCUCCGACGAAGGCCGCGGCGACGGGCAUAUCGGAGACCUGGUCAUGAAACUCGACUCCCUGGACGACUUCUUCGAGGACUCGCUGCAAAGCCCUACCAGCGAUGGCCGCUCCUCGCGUACCAUUACCGAAGCCGGCUACGCAAUAUCUGAAGGUUUUGAAUCCGGGGCCCAGCUGUAUGACGAGCAGACUUUGCCGAUUCUACAUCAAUCCCUGGCCAGCACGGCCAGUAACACGUCCUUCCAGAACGGUUUCACAGAUAUGCCGCGUCCGGCCCCACCCUCCUCCAACGCCAUGACACCUGGGGCAUUCUCCGUUAUGCCCCCCUCGACCCGACCGUCCCUGCACUCCCGCUCCGUAACGUCCCCAUCCGCGCCCUCCUCCCAGACAUACACCUCCGACGACGACUACGCGGAGGAUGUCUUCUCCGACGGCGAAGACGAGCGCGGUGCCCCUCCGGGCGAAGGCUCCUUCUUCCUCGAGAGCAUGAUCAAGCCGCUGGCGCACGGCACGCGGAGCAGCGUGCGGCGUCUCACGGGGCGCCGCUCGAGGGAGAGCGAGAGGAUGAGGGACGGCCUGAGGGCGGAGGCGCGGAACAUGAGCCAGCCGCCGAAGAGUCCGCGGGUGCCCAAGAUUCCGAACGCGUACAAGACGGUGACGACGAGUCCCGGGGAGCCGCUCUAG